UCUACUCCGGCACAAACUUACCAAAGACUAAAGUCAGCUCAGCUCAGCUGGAGCUUGCCAGGGUCAGGGACAGUGAGAUUUUUUACGGUAUUGAAAUCCAAGCAAGCGCUAAGAUGGAUACUAUAGGAGGAGGGUUCGGUGAUCUCCUGCGGGAUGCAGAGCAGCUGACUGCAGAUGUCGAUACAGGUAGUGAACUGCCAAAGGUAGAGCAGACCUUACAUCAAAUCAUGGAAACCAGCCAGAGAUUGUGGACAAAGACUGCUCAGCUUGGGACAUCAGAGGCUGCCGAUGUCAAGGCGUCCAUUCUGUUAGGUUCCAAAGGAUUAGACAUUCCCAGGAUAUCACAGCGUUUAGAGACGUUGAGUGCAGCAAAGACGUAUGAACCCCUUGAACCCAUUGCUGAUACUGAUAUACAGGGAUUGCUAAGGAAUGAAAGAGAGAAUGCUUUGUUAGCUGUUAUUGAAGAAACCAAGAGGAAUACCAGAUUACAGACAGAGCAACGAUUGUGGCAGUCUAAACAGAACGAAUGGGAGCAGGAGAAACAGCGUAUUCUCAACACUCUGCUUGGUUCUAGCUCUGAACUGAUUGAUGUCUCGGCUGAAACCAGUAAUCUUUUCAGCGAUGUCGGGAGUAGGAUCGAGGGUCGUAGUGCUAUGGAUGCUAUGGAGAUGGCCUAUGCCAGACAGGUGUACAUCUACAAUGACAAGGUAGUAAAGGGUGGUACGAAGCCAAAUCUCAUCAGUCUCUUCGAAGAAAUGUCACAACAAUUUGAAGACAAGAGAAUAGAAGACUUUUGGGCCAUGGUAAGGGAGAUGUCAUCCGUUCCUAUGACGACUUCUUCAGAUUCCGUGUCCGUGCGAAUGACAGAAGACUUACAAAUGGCCUUUAUCAGACAAGGAAAGAAAUUCUUAGAACAUAGUUACAUUGAGUACAUCAGUAACAUCAUUGGUGAUAACUUGAGACAAGCAAGACUUGGUGGUGUCCCUGGUGUUUAUCAGCUUGUUAGAGGAUUCCUCAAAGUCAAGUUACCAACAGCAGUCCCUGGACUAGAGGUAAGUCAUAUAUAUCUCUUUUAUUGAUAGACAGAACUGUUUGCUCAAGUGAGUGCAUAGAGGGCAAGUCCAUAGAAUGAUCAUUCUGUUUGUACUUCCAACCCCAAUUUUUCUCCUUAUUUCUCUUCAUAGGGAAUAAUUAUCCUCAAAUUUGAUCAGCAUUUCUGGUUGUUGGAGAAAAGCUUUCAACUAUGUUCUGUAACAGUCCUAUGUAAAAGACUUGCUACACAAAGGAAAUCUUGUGUAGCAGUCAUAAGAAUAUGAGGAGCAAAUUGCAAUGCGAUACCUGGAAAAUUAUUCCCUGCUAUGAACUAGAAAACAAGAGAAAGGCAAUUCAGAAAAAUCCCACGUAGAGGGAAUUUGAUUUACUACUUCAUGGACUUGUCCGAGAGAGAAUUUCAAUUAAAAAGUACUUGUACAUUGGAGCUAUAGUAGGUGAUGGUGUUUGUGAAGAGAGUGUGAAUCAAGGUGCUUAAGGCGAGGCGUCAAAACCCCAAAUGCGUUCCAACGCGUGCAUAGCCAUUGUUCCAUAAUGAGAGUGUGCAAAGGAGUUCCAAGAGAUUAGUACGAAGUACCGUUAUAUUCUACAUUAAAGCUAAUUUGCAUAAUCCGUACACGCUGGGGAACGGGGCAAUUAUUAUCUCGAUCGCUAUUGGCUAAUCCGCCGGAGCGUCGCACGAGAAUACACUGAAUAGUGCAGGUUCACAUACACACACACACAGCGCGCCAGCGUACACUUCACAUAAAAUGAGGUCAGUGUUCGGCGUGCACGUCGGAUCAACAUUUGCAGCGAAGCUUUGCAGCGAAUGCAGCGCGUGAGGUGCGGGCGGAUCUACGAGAGGGGUGAAUAGGGGAUGCCUGGCGCUAGCUUCCUGUACAAAGUACCAAUU